UAGGUUUCUGCUGGAAGUCGCGAGGAGUCAGAUCGGAUAUCCGACGAGGGGCCUGUUGCAGGACUAGGCUUAAGUAUUGAAUUAUUGAGCCAGGGUUCUUUGUAAACUUCAUGUUUUAAUUUGGUUACAUCUUAGCUUGCUUGCCAUUAGAAAAAAAUCAACAUGGCAUACCGAAUUAUUUGCAAGUCACAUGGAAUCCUUCGCAGUGGAGCCACGCUUCUCCAAGUGCGUUACCUCAGCACCAGCAAUGACAGACUGAGUAACAACUACCGUGCUGUUGUUGUUGGAGGGGGUGCUGGUGGUCUGGCCAUGGCAAGCAUACUGGGAUCAAAGUUUGGUAAAGCACAGGUGGCAGUAGUAGAACCUUCAGAUAACCACUAUUAUCAGCCAAUGUGGACAAUGGUAGGUGGUGGUCUAAAGACCUUCGGACAGUCUGCUCGGAUGACUAAGGACGUUUUCCCAUCCAAAGCAACAUGGAUACAAGAUUCAGCUGUUGGAUUUGAUCCUGAUAACAACACAGUUCUAACAAAAGAUGGAAAGCAGUUAAAAUAUGACAUACUGGUUGUUGCAAUGGGUUUACAGUUGCGUUUUGAACAAGUCAAAGGAUUACAGGAAGCACUUGAUAAUGACCCAAUGGUAUGCUCCAACUACUCAGCUGACACCGUACUGAAGACUUUCCCAGCCAUUCAGAAGCUUGAAGCUGGCAACGCCAUCUUUACAUUUCCAAAUACGCCCAUUAAAUGUGCUGGCGCUCCACAGAAGAUAAUGUACUUGGCUGAGCAUUACUUCUCAAAGCAUGGAAAGCGGGACAAGAUAAAUAUUAUCUACAACUCAUCUCUUCCUGUAAUCUUUGGUGUGCAGAAAUAUGCAAAUGAGCUGUUGAAAAUUGUGGAAAAGCGAAAUAUUGAUGUUAAUUUUAGACACAAUCUAGUUGAAGUGAACCAUGAGAAAAAAGAAGCAGUGUUUGUAAAACUUGACUCAGAAAACCAAGAUACUGUCAACUUCAAUUAUGAUUUCCUUCAUGUGACUCCGCCAAUGAGCCCUCCUGAAAUACUGAAAAACAGUCCGAUUGCAGCAGAGAAUGGCUUCCUAUCUGUACACAAGGAGACUGGUCAGCACACCAAAUACCCAAAUGUCUUUGGAAUAGGUGAUUGCACAGAUAUACCAACUGCAAAGACCGCAGCAGCUGUUGCUGCUCAAUCCGGUGUGCUGAAGAAGACAAUAGAAGCUGUCUUAAGUGGCAAAGAACCGCAAAAAUUAUAUGAUGGAUAUACUUCUUGCCCAUUGGUUGUUGGAUAUAAUAAAUGCAUCUUAGCUGAGUUUGACUUCAAUGCUCAACCACUUGAGACCUUCCCAAUUGACCAGGGUAAGCAGAGAAGGUCAAUGUACUAUCUCAAAAAAGACAUGAUGCCAGAGUUCUACUGGAAGGGCUUGAUCAAGGGUAAAUGGGCUGGACCUGGUGGAUUCCGUAAAGCUUUCCGUCUUGGAAUGGGAAAGUGAAUUAAUCAAGAACAUUUUCAAGAGUGCCAAAACUUAGAUUAUUUUGUUUUCCUAUAUUCUUAUCAAGAAAAAAAAGCAUGAUUUAAAAGUCAAAAACAAUCAUGUAUCUGGAUCAAAACAUAAUUACUUGAAUUUGAAGCAACUGAAAUCAGUUUUGUAUAUUUAUAAUCUACACAUGAUAUUUGUUGUCACAAUGUAUCUGUAGUAUAAAAAUAAUUAUAUUGUCUUCCAAUUAGCAUAUUAACUAUUAAUAUGCCAAUAGUAAUAAGAUUGUAUUUCAACUGUUAAAAAUUUGUAAUCUUGUUUUUUAGAUUCUCAUAAUCUUAAUUUUUUUAUGUUUUCAUUUAUAGCUGCAAACCUUUUUAAAAUCACUGUUUUAUAAUCCAUCAUUUUAUAAUUGCUUCUAUUAUGGAUGCUUGUUUGUGUUUGGCUGUAGUACACACAGCCUUAUUUGAUGGUAUACCUUGUAAUCGGCUGAAGCACAUAGUCUCAAUUUGAUCCAUAUUUUUGGUUGGACAUAGUAAAUAGCCUUAUUUUGAUCCGUGUCCUGAGAUUGGUCGUGGCAUGUUCAUCAAUAGUUGGGAACUUUCGAUGUAAUGACCUCACUAAAAGUCAUCUGUGCAUUCGAGAACAUUAAUUUCUUGUCGCAUGAAUUCUAGGAUGCAAUUUACGUUGUGCAGAGAACAUAGGUUAGCAGGGGUGGAUUUACCCCCCCCCCCUUUGGGAAGGUCAGAAAAAGAAAAUCUUGAUCUCCGAAAACGAUUCAGAGAUUAUUUUCGGGCAUCUAGAAUACAAGAAUUUCGCGGGGGCAUGCCCCAGGAUCCCCUAGAGUAGUGUUAUCUCGAUCGGCCCCACUUUUGGACAUCUCUGGAUCCGCCCCUGGGUCAGUCACACAUGAGCGAAGCGUCGUCAUGCAAGCAAAUAAAAAGCUUGUACUCUGUUUCCAAAGAUUUUUUUCCAAUCAUUGGAUAGUUUUUAUUUUCUUUUUCAGUUUGAAAUUUGAUUACUGUAAAAGUUCCAUAUACGUUUACUAUAUUUUAUUUAGUUUAAACAGUUCAAAAUGUCACAAUUUGAAAUUUCAUAGUUCGUUUCAAGUUUAAGGGAUCAUAUUUUUUUUCUUUUUUUUUCUCAUGAAAAUUCGAAAAAUGAUGAUCUUGAAAUAACAACAAUCAUUAUUUUACUCUUUUGGUGGAGGGAGGGGUCAGAGAAAAGAGUAUGUAUUUUACUUUCAUAAAAAUGGUGAAGAUGACCACUGAUGUAUUGGGAGGGGGUUGCAUUUAAAUUGAUGAAUUCAGCAAUUGCAUUGGCUUUCAUAUCUAUAAAGAAUAUACAGUAUCUGGAUGUUAUUAAGCCAAACACAUUCAUAGGUUGUACAUGGAGACCACAACAUGAUGGAAAGAUACUGUACAAUAAUCAGAUUUGAAGAAGAGCUUAUUCAGAAAAUGUUUAAAACAGUAUUAAUGUUUUUAUUGAAGGACAUUUAAUUUUUCUAGUCUACACACAUAUUUGUAGAUGUCUUUAUUAAACAUCAGUUCUAAGAAUUUUGGUGGGAGAAUCAUUUAUGGUUCACUGCAUGAUACAGUACUGCUAUACAAUAAAAGUACCAUUUUAA